CAGCCAUAAAAAUUAAAAUCAGCUUCUCGCUAGCUCGCUACUUGAUUGCUUGUUGCUUCGGAUUGUAUGCAAAAAUUUCGUGAAAAGUAACGGAAAAUGCAGUGUAACUGUAAAACUUUUCUUUAAAUCGUUUAUAAAUAAGUAAAACAAAAGUGUAAAUAACGGUUUAUAUUGUGAAUAUGUGUUUGGAAAGAACCUCACGGGGAUGAAACAUAUAUAAUCAUUUUAUUUAGGAAAAUAAAGAGAUACUAGCAGAAUGGAGCAUGCUGAUCUGGUGUCUGAGAUGGCACAGGUGGAGCAUCUGACUACUCAGGAGCGGCUUCACCUAGCACGUAGACGUCGUUUGCAACAGCUUAAAAUAUGGCAGCAGAGAGAGAAAGAAUGGGCAAGAGCGAAGGCUAGAAGAGAUAAGAGCAACAAGAGAAGUAUAUACUUCAGUGAUAGCGUCAUGCUGCUAGAGGCCGCUGCGAGGAAUGAUAUAGAAGAAGUACGACGUCUCCUUGCACGUGGCGUUACACCGGAUGCAACAAACGAAGAUGGAUUAACAGCACUACAUCAAUGUUGUAUAGAUAAUAACGAAGCCAUGAUGCGUCUUCUACUCGAUCAUGGCGCGAACGUCAACGCCGAAGACAGCGAGAAGUGGACGCCCCUACAUGCGGCAGCCACUUGUGGCAAUUUAAACUUAGUGCGGAUUUUAAUACAGAGAGGUGCAAAUUUACUGGCUGUGAAUGGGGAUGGGAAUAUGCCGUAUGAUAUAUGCGAAGAGGAGAGAACGUUGGAUGCGAUAGAGAGUGAGAUGGCGGCGAGAGGUGUUACACAGAGACUGAUAGAUGAAACCAGGGCGGCGACGGAGAUGCAAAUGUUGAUGGAUGUAGCGGAGUUGGUUAAGACCGGCAUGGAUUUGGAUGAGCCGAGGGAUAGUCAGGGUGCGACACUGUUACACAUAGCAUCUGCGAAUGGUUACUUGAAGGUGGUUGAGUUCCUAUUGGAGCAUAGAGCUUCGUCAGAUGUGAUGGACCAUGAUAUGUGGCAGCCGGUCCAUGCUGCAGCCUGUUGGGGGCAUUUAGAAGUAUUAGAGCUAUUAGUACAAUAUGGAGCCGAUCUCAAUGUAAGGAAUAAGCAUGAUGAAACACCGGCAGAUAUAUGUGAAGAAGGUGAAAUGCGGGCGCGUAUAACGCGUUUAGCAGCGGAGCAGGAAGAAGUGAGACGUCGUGCCGCCAGCGGAGCCGGAGACAGACUGAAGACUGCAAGGCGAUCUUCUUCUACUGCUUCCACCAGCCGUGUACGUUCCGUUCGACGCACGUCACUCCGAGAAAAGCAAUUGGCAGCGAAGGCUGAUGCAAGGGGUGAAGCGAGACUUCGGGAAACCUUCGAUUCGGCAGUUGAUGAUGAAUGUCAGGGCUUAACAAACGGUGUCGAUAGCGAUCCGAACACGAGUGUAUCAGACAUCAAUACACGGUUGUCUGUCAGCUCCACAACUUCUAACCACAGCUACGAUUCGGAGAACGUAGACUACGCCGUACCGAAACAUUCCUAUCGUACCGAACAAGACAACUAUCAACCAAAAAUUACCAAUCCAUUAUUCGGUGUGAAUGCGGCGUCGCAUUACUCACCGGCACCCAUUCAAACGAUACAAGAGAACGACAAAUAUGAACGGACCUUGCCUAACGGUAUACGAAAAGCGCCGGAAGGACAAGAUAAUGACGGUUUUAAGGGCGAAGAUGCGCUCGACGGUAGGAAAGAGUUAAUUCCUAACCAGAUUGCCAUCGCCGACGGCAGUACGGCCACUUACACAACAGACAAUAAUGGUAAAAUCAAUGUUCAUGUCACCGUCAUGAUUAAUGCAGGCACUCUUGCGGAUCUUAAAAAACAGCGCUCGCAGAUAAGAACAAACGGGAGUCCCGUUGAAUCAAAUGUGACUUCGAAUAACCACAGUCUGAAUUCCAUACCAGAGAAAAAAGAGAAUCUAAUAUUAUCGCCGAGUUCAGGUACUGUGCCAAGGUUUUCAGGACACACGAGUGAUGUGGUCGGUGACACUAAAUCGCAUAGGUGUUGUAUCAUCAUGUAGAUGGCGCUGAAAUAAAUGCGGAGAAUAAAACAAGAUGGCGGGGAUUUACAGCAAGUGUCAAGUUUAAGAUGUCAUUUAAGUGUGUCUAGACAGUGAUAGUUUCAAUACGUAUUCCUGUGCAAAUGAAUGUACCUUAUUUGUGUUUGAAAUAGAUAAGUACGGUAUACGUGUGUCAAUCAUAUUUUAAAUAUUCCAUGUGGAAAUAAAAUUGGUGAGGUUUGGUACAAUUUAAAUGCCCUAUUUAUCUAUUUCGUUUUUUAAUUCCCAUUAGAAAGCGCUUAUUAGGUUUUAAGGCGCCAUCUAUUGUUGAACUUUUGUAUUUCUUUCCGUUUCGGACCGUAUUCCAUUUCGUAAUGUUUUAAAAUGUUAAAUGUCUAGUUAGUAUGAAUGUUUAAUGUUUCAUGCCGAUAUUUACAAACGUUAAAACAAGGGCCUCUCAAAUUUUAAUAUUAUUUAUUGUUGCCUAUAGAGUAUUGCCAUUGGCUUGCCAAUAGGGCGUGUGAUAGUUAUAAGAAUUCAAUUGUCUUUAAGACGACAAAAUAUAUUAAAACAUAAUGAGUAAAAGUCAGCGUUUUAUAUGUAACUUGAUCAAUGAGCACUCAAAAUAAAUUCUUUGAACUUAAAAUAAUGAGCCGAUAUUUUUAGUAAUAUAUAAUAAUAGCAUUUAUCAAGUAUUUAGUCAUUUAUGACAUGAAUAUGUUUUUUAUCUAUAAUAUUGCAUAUAAAGAAUUUUUGUCUAUCCUACUUUUUAUUAUGCUUUUAAUUUGAAAUUCCAUUUGAAACAUUCCACAUGUAUAUUUCCAAUGUCGUUAAAAGUGCCUGUUAAUAAUGUGAUAUGGAAGUUGUGAAUGAUCAAAUUAUGCUAUAGUGAAUAUGCAUGUUAUGGGUAUUUAAAUAUUGUUUUAUAAUAACUGUAUUUAAUCAAAGAAAAAUAAAUAGUACGGGACCGGACGCCUACAUCAAUAAUUUAAAAAAAGAGGGUAGUUCAGAAUAUUUUCAAGUCUGUGACUUUUAUAUAAUAUAUAAAUAAUAAGAGUAUAUAAUGAAAAAGAUGUUUAAAUGAGAUUUUUAAUUAAAUUUUAUUUUAGUCACAAUUUCGUAUUUUUUUGUGUUAAGGUCAAGUCAAGUUUAGAGUUCACAAACUGAAGGUGAAUGACCUCAACACUAUUUUAAAACAUUCGAAAUUUUAAUAUCCGGUUUAAUAUUACACUGAUGUUAUAUAUACAAUUGUAAAGAAUAAAGUAUAAUAGCUAAUGAAAAUAAUGGCUAUGUUGAAAUUGAGGGGCCAUGUUUGGACCUAUUUGACGUUUUCUUAGAAAUUUUAUUGCGUUUAUGUAAAUCUUUCCCAUCUUUAUCUGCUUUUAUUGUAUCUUUGGUGGUUCUGUGUAAAUAAUAUUGUUAAUUCGUGUUCAAUGUAGAUUAGAUGGUUAGUUUCCUAUAUGAUAAAAAUUUUAAAAGUGUGGUGGCAUGACAGAUAUAUAAAGUUUAGUGCAGUCAAAUAUUUUUUUGUUUGUUUUUAGUGCGACGUAGACGUAUAAGGGAAUAGAAUAUAACUUGCCAUUAAUCGCCAAUUGCAUACUAAUAUAUUAAGACUCGCCUUGACUAAAAAAAUUCUGAGACGCACCUACCUAUAUGUGUAUUAUAUUCAAAAACUUCAAUAAUUAAUUGUAGCUAUACGAACGUGCUCAAUACAUGGAUUACUUACUAGCCUAAAUUAUAAUUUACUGUGACUACUUGCGUCUUCCAAAAGGUAAUUUCAUAUGGAGAAUAGGCAAUAAACUUCAUAAUUACUUUUACAAUGUUUUAUAUACAUUUAUAUAUGACGACCGUGUACCUAAAACAAAAAAAAAACUACUAAAAUAAAAUAUAUUGUGGUGUGUUAUGUAGAUACAUGAUGCUCACAUUGUCGUUAUAAAGGAGAAACAUACACCUCCCACAAUUUGAAUAAAUAUUUGUCAUGCACCACAUUCUCGGACAUUCCAUUAUCUAUGUAUAUAGUAAACACUUUUGGAGCUAUUUUAUAAUUUAAGUCUUCAUUCACUAGUAAAACAUUCGUCCAUACCAUAGUCAUUAGAAUAAUCGUACUUAAGAAGUACUUAGAUCGGUUUCUCUUACACAAGGCCUUGCACAAGAUGGUUGUUACAGUAUUAGUUUUGAAAGCAUUUUAUUUUACAGGCAGCGUUUUGUGAUAAUUUAUUUGAAUAGUAUUUAAAAGCAUUUAUCAGGAAUUAUUUACUUGGAGAUAUCCCGUCCGAUGUUGGCCCCGAUUAUUGUAUUUUAGCUGCGGUAGCAGUUUUAAAAAAGGUUAUAAAGGUAGCUAUUUUAAUUGUUAGUUUUGUCAUACAUUACCUACAAAGAAGACACUAAACACAGAGUUAGAAAAUUUAAACGCUUCAAAUAUUAUGUUUGAAUAUGCAAAGGACUUUUGUGACAUAAAAGAUAGGUUCAAUUUCUAUGUAGUCUUUAGUUUAAAAGUGCUAUGAUUGAACAUUUUCUUUAUUGUAUAAUGCAAAUGUGUCGUCAGAGUUUUAUAAUGGUAGGUAUAUAUUGUUGAAAUUCUCGUGGCAUCUGUUGAUAAGUGUUGCCAUCCUAUCGUAGCUAAAGUAUGAGAAUCGAGGUUAUCUAUUAUAAGAAUUAUUUAAAUCUAUCGACAGCAAAAAUUGUGGAAAUUGUAAAUAUUUUAUAUGACUCGUCUUUGGAUUUUAAUUGUGAUUCGUAUGAGUUCUAGCCUAUAAAAAUUAUAACAGUGCCUCGUAAAAUCUUGCCUUAAAAUAUAUUUUUUCUGUUACAUGAAGAAUUUAUCCAGAUAUUAUAUUUUAAAAUUACAUAAAAAUUAUUUUGUUUUCUAUAGAAUGUGCUUUAGAAAAUUUUGUGUAAAAUUAUAGGGAAUAUUUGACUUGUCUACUGUUUACCUACUCCUGCCUUUUCUUGCCUUAACCAACUUGCACUAUGAAUCCAUUUUGUCCUCACUUAGGCAUGUAUGAUGGCAAGAAAAAAGCAUAUAUAAAAAUAUCUUCGGUAUAUUUGAAAAUUAAAAGCAAAUUAUUAACUUAUAUAUGAAAAAUUGUUAUGUGCCUGUAUUUACCACUGUUUAAUCAUGUAUACGGUACAAAUUAUUCUUAGAAAUGUUAAUGCAAAUAGUACUGUUGUCUUUUGAGCUCAUAAUAAUUAUAUGUGUACUUAAUGACCUAAGCAGUAGUGUUUUAUAUUACGUGAUUCCUAAAUCCUAUUAAUUGAAAUAAAUUUGUUAUUGAAAUCA